AUGGCGCAGCAGCGCUCGCGGUGCAAGGGGUCCGAGGAGCUGGAGGCCGAGCUGAUCAAUCAUGUCAAGGAGGCGGACGAGCUGGACUACCCGCAUGGGCUCACAGACGACUGCGACCCUGACGCGCUGAGCGAGCGGGGGGACAUGCUCUUGGGCGUCCGCAGAGCCAUGUACCCUCACAUGGCCAUAUCGCAGUCGAAGGCCGCCCAACUCUUCGAGAAGGAGAGGGACUGGACGGCGCCCAUGGCGAAGAUGCUUCGCGCCAUGUUGAGACACGUCCAACCAGCGGUGCUGAAGAACAUGAAGCGCGAGGGGCGCUAUCCCGACUCCUGCGCGCGGGCGCGGCCCUUCGUUGAGCAGAUGAAGAAGCUCGACGCGGCGAAGGGCGCACCAGCCGCCCAUUUGCGUGGGCGAUAG